AAGCGCCAGCUCGGAUCUGGCCGUCGCCUGGGCGGGGUCAGCGAGCCCGCGCCAGGCGACCCCUGGGCCGCUGCCCGUCCUCUCGUCCGCUCUCCUCGUCUCCACCCCCCGGGCCGCGGAAUGGUGGCGCCGCCAUGGUGCCCGACGGAGGGGCGCCCGCAGCGCCCUCGCCGGACGGCUGCUGAGCGGCGUGCCCAGGCGGGCCGCGCGCAGGCUCGGGCCGUUCAGGCUUUGCUGCGCGCCUUCAGCGGCAUGGAGCACCGCGGCUGCCGCCCCACGCGGCUUCAGGCCGCCCUCCGGGACGCGCUUCUCGUGGCGCAGGCUGGCGAUCGGUGCGGAGCACAUGCUGACGAAGCCGAGAGCCCCACGGUUGCAGCCGCGGCGGAGGAUGGAGACUUCUUGUUCACAAUGUCGCGCGAGGACACCUCCCAGAGGGCUGAAGCUGAUGCCGAGGCUGGAGGCACUCUGAUCACCAGCUCGUCCGAGGUUGAAGCCCGUGCAGCGGAGCUGCCAGCUGAGAAGUUCGCCGCCGCAGCGGCCGCGAUGGCGGCAGCGCAGGUGGCGGCGCCCACACCCCUCAGCAGCUCGGCGUCGGAGUUCGUCCCGUUCAGCCCGCCGUUCCAGGAGUCGACGGUCGAGGACGGGGGGAUCGCAGCUGCGGCGCCUUGGGAGAGGAGCGAAACCCGAGCACGGCUGUUUCGGGAUGCUGACCUCCUUCGAGGCGCUGGAGCACAGAGAGGCGCCGUGCCGACUGGCCCACAGAUCAACUGGGCAGCCAUAGGCGACAGCGGAACGUUCCCGAGUGCAUCGUCGGCAUCGCCACCCACAGGUGGGUGCCCGCAGUCGUGAAGGGCAGCCCCGCGGCGUUCGGGCGCGGCUCGAAUUUCUGGUGGUUGGUCAGGGGCCGUCUCGUCUGGGGCUCGCGGGGUGUCUCAGGGGGGCCCUGGGCCUCGCUGGACGUUCUGUUCCCGCGGGUGGGGCUAUGCCUGGCCGCGACCCCUUCCCUUUCCUCCGUCUCCCCUCUUCUUCUUAUUAUUAUUCUUCUUCUUCUUCUUCUUUUUUAUUUCCCUCUCUUUCUCCUGGGGUCGCGGGCAGGGAUUGCUCCUGUCUGGGUCUGUUCUCGGGCUUCCUCGUCGUGCCGCGGGGUCGGCGCGCAGUGUAGAGCAGUGUCGAAUGGAAUGUUCGUGCAGCGGAGGGCUCUUCACUCCCACAUGCUGUUUGUAUCGUGCCUGUUGGGUCGUGCAAGUAGCCUGUCUCGAGCAAUGGCUUGAGCGGUGGGUUUUAUAUAAGGAUGUUGCUUCGCAACUGUUCCGAUUCCGAUUCCUCCUCCUCC